UUAAGAGAUAAUCAAUUAGAGACUGUUUAUAACUAUAUUGAUCAACAAAAAAAUACUUUAGUUUUAAUUAAAACUGGUGAUAAAAAAUCUCUAUAUUUUUUAUUAUCUGCAGUUCUUUUUGAUGAUUUGACUAUUAUAAUAAUACUAUUAAUAGCACUAAUGCAAGAACAAGUG